CUUUGUUAGGUGCUUCAACGAAAUUUCAACGUGGUUUUCUUGUUAGCUCGGUUGUCUCGUUUUAGUAGUCGUUACACUGAGAUGUCCUUCAUUACAGUUUCUCCCGAGAACCACUUUCCUGUUGAAAAUCUUCCGUAUGGAGUAUUUUCCACGUCUGAUAAUCCAAGACAUCGCAUAGGUGUUGCUAUUGGCGAGCAUGUGUUGGAUCUGGCUGAGAUUUCUGAUCUAUUCACUGGUCCACUGAUGUCGCAAAGAAAAUCAGUUCUUCAAGAGCAAACACUAAAUGCCUUCAUGGGUCUUGGAAAAGAAGCAUGGAAAGAGACAAGGUGCACAUUACAGCGUCUUUUAUCAAGAGAUGAGAUUGAAGGUGACAUUAAAUGUAAACCUGGCAGGAUUCAUUUACCAGUUGGAUACCAUGGUAGAGCAUCUUCUGUCAUAGUGUCAGGUACUCCAGUGCGACGCCCUGUUGGACAGACCAGGCCUGAUGAUAGUAAGUACUAUUUCCUAGCUCGUGAUAUUCAAAAAUGGGAGUAUGUACCACUGGGUCCAUUUCUAGCGAAGAAUUUUUCAACUACAAUCUCCCCUUGGGUGGUAACCAUGGAUGCUCUUCAAGAUUUUGCUCUAGCUAAUCCACUGCAGGAUCCUGUCCCUUUGCCUUAUCUUCAACACUCUGAUCCUUAUACCUUUGAUGUCAGGCUUGAAGUUGGCUUAGAUUAUGAAGGAGCAAAAACUCCUGUGACUAUCUGUUCGACCAAUUUGAAGCAUAUGUAUUGGACACCCAAACAACAGUUGGUUCAUCAUACUGUGACAGGAUGUAACGUUCGGCCUGGAGACCUCAUGGGUUCUGGAACCAUCAGUGGAGAGGUGAGAUACUAACAGGAGUAGACAUAUAGGCUAGAUCAGGACUUAGUUUCUUUUGGAAAUGAUGGCUUCUGGUAAGUCCAUUUCAGAGAAUUGGGAAACAUCACCGAGAGUGGAGAGAAAGAAUGCAAUGUCUGCGGUAUUUCACUCAACAGUGAAAGCUCCUGCCAACUCAGCUGUGACUCCUUGCCAAAUUGACCUGACCCAAAACUGGUCACAUCGUGAGGGACACCAAACGCUAUGCCCUCGAGACAAAAACAGAAGCCAAAAAGUACCAUUUGGUCUUCAACAAACGCAUAAUGGACCUGACCUUCAAUACCUAUCCGUGCGGGUACCCACGUUACACGCACGAUGAUGAGAACGAAGCAGAACUAUAGCGAUGUUUCUUGUUUAUAAACAUUGACGUCAUUCUUAGACAUGCGCACUUUAGUGGUUGGCAAAAAGCUGGCUUCGUUUUGUUUUCAUGGCUUCCCAAGUGCGAUUCCGAUUAGGUAAAAAGUCUCGAUCCUGUCGCAAGAUCGU